AGCGUGUGCAAAACGAAACGAAACUGAAACCGAAAUCGAAACCGAGUCGCGUCUGAUCAAUUGAAAUUCUUCUGACCAAUUUUUUCCCCCUGAUCAUCAGUGUUUGAACGAGAGUUACACCUGUACAUAUGUACGAGUCGAGCUGUGUUGUGCAGUGACACGUGCGGUGAGCGAAGAGCGAGAGCGAGUGACUGACGUGCGAUGGACGUCAAGGACAUAAAAGGCGCCAAGGUGACGCAUGCGGGACUGCUAAAGCACAACUCCGAUGGCAGCACCGAGACGCAGAAGAUCACCCACGCCGGACUGGUGGCCCGCAGUCCCGAGGGCACCGCCGCCAAGGGUAUGAACAUCCGCGGCAACGAGGAUCUGUGGGUGGAGAUCCAAGCGAACACAUUCCGCAACUGGGUCAACGAGCACCUGCGCGAGACGGGAAUGCAGGUGCAUGACUGGGCUACGGAUUUCUGCGAUGGUACUUGCCUGUGCGCUCUUGUCGAGAGCCUGCAGACGCGUCCGCUGAAACCGUCAUGGAAUCGGCGACCGGCCAAUCAACAUCACUACCUGGAGAACGCCACGACGGCGCUGAAGUCCAUCGAAGCGGACCACAUUAAGCUGGUGAACAUCGGCAAUGUGGACAUCGUGAAUGGCAAUGUUAAGCUGAUCCUGGGACUGAUCUGGUCGCUGAUUGUGCGCUACCAGAUCGGACGCAGCAAGUUCCCGCCACGCAAGCUGAUGCUGGCCUGGCUGCAGGCCGCUCUUCCAGAUUGCAGGAUCACUAAUUUGACCACCGAUUGGAAUAGUGGCGUUAAUUUGGCGGCACUCUUGGAUUAUUGCCAGCCGGGCUUGUUCCCGCACUGGCGAAGCCUGGAUCCUGGCCAGAGUGUGCGAAACUGUACGCAGGCAAUGGACCUGGCACAGCGCGAAUUUGGAGUUCCAAAAGUACUGGAACCGGAGUAUUUGGCCUCACCCUGGCUGGAUGAGUUGUCCGGCAUGACGUAUUUGUCGUACUUCAUGAAGCGGGGUCCUGGUUAUAAUGCCACGAUGCGGUGGGUCAAUACACAGGUCAAAGAUCCAGUCAAGAACUUUACGACCGAUUGGAACGAUGGACGCGUGAUGUGCGAAGUUAUUAAGGGACUUGGCGGACCUGCGCCUGCUCCGGAAAAGCUCAGCACAGAUCCCUUCCACUACGAGAACAAUAUUCGGAAGGCGGUGGAUGCGGGCGCCCGGUUGGGCGUGCAGCCCAUCCUCACGGCCAAGGACAUGGCCAACCCGGAAGUGGAGCAUCUGGGCAUUAUGGCCUACGCUGCGCAUCUGCAGUGGGUUCCACCGCGCCCUCCGCUGUCCGACCUGGUCAACGUUUAUCUGGAGAGCACGUCCGGUCGAGUGGGUGAACCGACGCAUUUCCGCAUCGAUGUGUUGUCUCGGGAUAUAAGCCUCAGCUCGGUUCGCUGUCACGUGGUUCCACCUUCCGGUCAACCAGGACAACCUGUGCGACUGAAUGCCCACGGCGAGGGAGUAUUCGUGCCGGAGCGCUAUGGCAUGCACGAGAUUGUGGUGGAGAUCGGAGAAGAUAGCCUGGGCGGGCACUUCUUCCGCGUUCUGCCUCGUUUGCUACAGGUGGCUCCUCCGGGAAUGGCGCCCUGUGCCUUGGGCAGUCUCGUCGAGGUGCUGGUUAAUGCCACGGGAGCGCCAAAGACGGAGGAUAUCCUGGUCACAGCAGUCUCUCCAUCGGGCAUCUCCCACAACUGUCCACUGAAGAAGAUAGACGAGGGACACAGUGCCAUAUUCAAGCCGGACGAGGCGGGCAUUUGGGAGAUUGCCAUCACCUACCAGGGCCGUCAUAUCCAAGGUGGACCCUUCACCUGUGCCGUUUUUGAUGCCUCCGGGGUAUCGGUCCAUGGAUUGGAUGGAGCCAUGCCGUUGAGGGCACACACCUUUGAGGUAGAUGCUCGCGGAGUGGGAGUUUCUGGAGAGCUGCACGUGGAUAUCGUCCACGACAAGCAUUCGUUGGUGUGCUCAGUGGAGAAGAUCGUGGAGAAUAAAUACCGAGUGACCUUUAUGCCCAGGCAGAAUGGAAAGUACCGUGUCUACAUUUACUUUAAUGGCUACGAUGUUAAGGGUUCCCCGUUUAUAAUGCGAGUGGGUACUAAGGGAAGAUCUGGAAAGACGCGCAGCAGCCCGCUGCAUGACAGCAAGCACCGCUCGGAGAGUCCAUCGAUGCAUUUUAUAUCCACCACGAAUACCCGGCACAAUGAUUACCGAAACUCCUCCCUAUCGAGGCACAAUACUGCGGAAAGAAACAACAGCUACUCCCCGCAAUACUCGCCCAAGUUGGAUACCACAGAUUACCACACUUCCAGUUCAAGGUAUUAUAAGCGGGAGAGCGAGGAGAACCACACCUCCCCGCCGCCACAACCACCACCAGUUAUUGGUUCACCAAGUAUCAAGUAUCUGAACUCUGCUGAUCUUUACACUGAGACCUUGAACGGGGCACGCCGUGAUUCAAAGACCUCCAAUAGCAGCUCCACGAAAAACGAUUACUACUACGACAAGGAAAAUGAACUAUACAGUCAACGGCGUGGGGUGACAAAGCCCAAGUUGACGCCACCGCGCGAGGAGCGCGAACUGACCAGCACAACCAAUACCAGCAGCAGCUUCCAACAGCAACGACAUCAGCAGCUGGCCACCAGCACCCUGACCAGAUCGCUUAGUCCAAUACCUAGUCCCACACUCAAUACCCGAUCUAGCGAGCUGCACACGCACAGUCCGCUGACCAUCAAGACGUCCAACCAAUACGAAAGCUCUACGCGUAAUGUAACCAGCAGUCCACGCCAUGCCUCUGUUUCGCCCGUCCAGCGUUACUCCCCCAACGCCUAUAUUACCACUGCCACCCACCGUAUGGGCAGUCCGGUGACCAAUACUCUGAACAAGAAUGGCUACGAGUCGCGAACGGUGGAGAAGUCGUCAACCUACAAGUCAACAUCGAACUAUGUCACAGACUCGAAUAUGCGCUCCAGUCCCUCGCUGUACGGCACUGCCGAGCGGCUGCGUCGGACUGGAUCUCCGGAGCCGCGGAUCGACCAUUCCUCAAAUGUGAGGGUGUCCUCGAUGAAACCGGCGUCGGCCAGGCGCGACAGUUGGGAUGUCAUCAAUAAGACAAAGCAUAUGCUCUCGCACAAUUCGCUCGAAUCGCUGGCGAACAUGACCGAGACGCAGCUGAACACGGAACUGCAGUACAAUCGUCCGGAUUUGGACCACGAGACGCACCGGAAUACGCAGUACAAUAAGUUUGCCCUGCACAAACAACAGCAGCAGCAGCAGCUGUCGGACUAUCGUCGGGAUUCGCCUGAUGAUGGCGGAGAGCGUUACAAACCCAGUGCCAUUACAGUCAAGUCACAUUCGAACAAUACAUAUACGGACAAAUCCGGUGGCUAUACAAAAACCGUGAAGGAGUCCAGCGAACAUGUGGUUACCGAGAGCAAUGGCCAUGGAGUUUCUCCUGGUUAUGGCUACAGUUCGUUGUCUAGAUUUCGUCCCAUAGACAGCAAUGCCACUGGUGCUAGGGCCAUACGGGUGCAGGAUAUACCGAAUGGCUCCAUUGGGCGUCCAGUCGAGUUCGAGAUCGAUGGCUCGAAAGCGGGCUCCGGCAAUCUGGAGAUCCUGGUUAACGGCGGGCGUGUCACCUCCUCGGUCCGCUCGCUGGGAGGCCAGAGGUUCAUAGCCAGCUUUACGCCGCACGAACAUGGAACGCACACAGUGCAGAUCACCUUCAAUGGCGAAACCGUUCCAGGUUCACCGUGGCACGCUGAGAUCAUGUCCUCACCCGGCCUAACCGCUCUGGGCGAAUCCACUCGCCUGGUACCCGCCAAUACACCGGCGGUUUUUGAGAUACUGCCGCCUCCUGGACAAAGCCUAAGUAAGGGCGAGUGCGUGGCCACGGUUCUGACUCCCAACAAGUCAAAACUCAACGCCAGAGUCACCCAUGAGGCGGCAAAUGGUGCUGCUCGCAUCGAGUUCGUGCCCACCGAAGUGGGCACCCACGUCAUCGAUGCGUCCAUUAACGGCACGAAGAUCGCUGGCGGCCCGCUGAUCGCCAAGGUCUACGACUCCAGCCUGAUCCAGGUGACGGAGGUAAAUGGCGGCGUGGUCGGCCAGCCGUGCCAGUUCCGCGUCGAUGCCAGCGCUGCUGGCGAAGGCCAACUGGAGAUAUCCAUCAACGAGGGCGAGGUGCCCAAUCAUGUCCAGGUGGUGGGCGGUGGCCGCUGCCUCGUCUCCUUUACACCGGAGCAGGCCAAAUCGCAUCUUAUAGAUAUCAAGUUCAAUGGCGAAACGGUGCGCGGCUGUCCCUUUGUCUGCGCCGUGGCAGAUACCUCUCGUGUGCUCCUGAAUCUCUCCAAUCUGGAGUUGAUUCCGGUCAACAGGCCCUCCUCCUUUCACAUCACCGUGAGCGGAGGCGGUGCCGCCGAGCUGGCUGUCAGUGUCCGCGGUCCACAAGGGGAGUUGCCCGUUCGAGUCACUGGAGAUAUCCACGCUGGCUUCACCGCCGAAUUCACGCCCACGAAUGUUGGCGGCCACUCGAUUAAUGUGGAGUACAAUGGCUUUGCCGUCCAGGGCACCCCCUUCUUGGCCAAGUCCUAUGACGCCAGCAAAGUGGUGGUGGGCAGCGUGUCGCGCGGCAAUGGACGGCCGGUGCAGUUCACGGUGGAUGCGGGUGAUGCCGGUGAGGGCAACUUGGAAAUAACGAUUUCGGCGAAGGGACAGAACAUUCCCACACAGGUGCAUCCGCAAGGCAGUGCGAGAUUCUCCGUUUCGUUUGUGCCCACGGAGUCAUGCGAGCACACGAUCAACGUAUCCUUCAACAAAAUGCCCGUGCCCGGCUGUCCGAUAACGGUCAGCAUCAGUGGCGGCGUGGCCGGACCACAGGUGUCGCUCGGCGGACCAGGACCUGUGCAUCAGACCAAUUCUUUUGUAAUCAAUCACAACGGCGGCCGUCUGGAGGAUAUCGAGGUGAACGUGGAAGGACCUGCUGGCCAGUCGGUUCCUGCACAAGUACAUCAAUCCGCUGAUGGCGUCUUCAAGGCGGAGUUCGUGCCCAGAGUCGUCGGCGAGCAUCGCGUUAAUGUCACGGUCAAUGGACUGGCCACCGCUGGGAGUCCAUAUGCAGCCAAGGUCUACGAUGUCAGCGCCAUCAAGGUGAAGAAUGUGAGCAGCGGAACUGUGGGCAAGCCGGUCACCUUCCUGGUUGAGACCUCCCAGGCUGGACCCGGUAAUCUAGAGGUGACUGUAAAUGGCGGCAGGGUUCCCACAUCAGCCCAGGCCCAAGGACAGCACACCUAUGCCAUCAGCUUCACUCCCCGCGAGGCUGAGAGUCACACCGUGGAGCUGCGAUUUAAUAGCCAGGAUGUACCUGGUUCGCCCUUCACCUGUCGCGUAGCAGCCGCCGCUCGUAUCCAAUCCCCGGAGACAAUGGACAAGGUCAGCGUGGGCAGACUAUUUGAAUUCGUGGUGGAGUCAGACACGAAGCCAACAGUGGAAGUACUCGGAUCUGCCAGGCGGAGUGUGCCGGUAAAGAUUGAUCCACUGGGCUCUUCUACACUUGGCUACAACGUCAAGUUCGAGCCCAUGGAGGUUGGAGAUCAUUCGGUGGAGGUUCGCCUUCCAGGCGGUGGCCAUGUAGAGGGCAGCCCAUUCCUGCUGAAAGCCUACUCCGCUGAGAAAGUCAUAGUCACCGAUAUCCGAGCCGGAGUGGUUAAUAAGAGUAUGAGCUUUGGAAUAAAUGCCUCGCAGGCGGGAGCUGGUAACUUAGAAAUCAUUGUGGCCGUCAAUGGCAAGAAUGUGCCCAACUUUGUCCAAUCCGAGGGGAAUGCCCGGUUUAAGGUGAACUUCAAGCCGACGGAGGCAGCCACCCACUCGCUGUCUGUACGUUUCAAUGGACAUCCAGUGCCGGGUUCACCUUUCAGCUGUCACAUAGCCGCUGCAGCUGCUUCUCCUUCGAUGGGCUUGCCCCGAGCCAUGGCCAUGGGUGAGUGCCUCAAGCAGGCAGCCGUCAAGAUGGACAACACCUUCGAGCUUGAAGGCUUCGAGGGCAUUGAACCGCAGAUCUUUGUGACCUCGCCGUCGGGAGACAACGAGCAUUGCCAGUUGAGUCAGCACGACGGAGGCAGCUACUCUGCCUCGUUCAGACCCACCACUGUGGGUCGUCACCUGAUCAGUGUGACGGCUAACGAUCAGCACAUCAAUGGAUCCCCCUUCAGCUGCAACGUCUUCGAUGUAUCCAGGGUCAGCAUCAGUGGAUUGGAGCAACAGUAUGGACCGGCCAAUCUGGGAGUGCCAGUAACUUUCAGUGUGGAUGCGGCAGGAGCUGGAGAAGGAACCCUAGAGCUGGUGGUCUCCACAGACAGUAGCACCGUCAAGGCGGAAGUGGUGGCCUGCGCCCGGGGACUAUAUGACGUAACCUUUGUGCCCCAGAGCACGGAACCGCAUUACGUGAACAUCACCUUCAAUGAGGUGGCCGUGGACGGUAGCCCCUUCCGUGUGGACAUUCAGCAGCACACGCAGCACAUACAGAUUGGCAGCUUGGCGGCCAUCGACUUUCCAGCGGAUGACCAGAUCGUGGAGAUCUUCUCGCCGGAUCAGAAGUCCGUUCCAUACUCGAUCAAUAGGCAGACGGCCGAGUUCCGUACGCACAUGACCGGAAACUAUACACUGCGCUUUAUAGACCGCGAGACGAGACAACAUAUUGGCUCUCGCACGUUGUGCGUCUUCGACCCCACUCUGGUGAAGAUUACCGAGGUGAGUGAGGCGUUCUGUCAUCGUCCGGCCAGCAUUGGAGUCUCCUUGAAUGAAGCCGGCCAGGGGGAUCUCUCGGCUCUGGUUCGCUGUGGCGCUACUGAGGUGCCACACACUAUCCGAGGCCCAAGCAAGACCGGAGUGUAUGAGAUCGUUUACCAGCCCACUCGAGUGGCUCCCCACAAGAUCAGCAUCCUAUUCAACGACGUGCCCAUUUCCCUGAAGCCUCUGGAGAUCAAUGUUCUUCCCGCUAGUGCUGGCAAGGAGAUCAGCGUCAGUGGAUUGGGAUUGUAUCAGUCUCGCGUGGGCAAAACCACUUCGUUUGCCAUCGAUACGGUCAAGAGGCCAGCUAGGGAAUUCGAUGUGGUGGUUUCCGGCCCAGGAGGACAGGCCCUACCGGUGAGGUGCUAUCAGACCAAGAACGGCCACUUGCAGGCCGAGUUCACCAUCAACAAACCGGGACAGUGUGUCAUUGAGGUGCUGCAUCAAUCGAAACCACUGCCUGGCAGUCCCUUCACCUGCGAGUCCUUCGACAGUAGCAAGGUCACCACGCAGGGUGUGUCCAAGGAGCCACUGGCUCUGCACAGUCCCAACAGCUUUACCGUACGCACAGAUAAUGCCGGAACCGCCGAACUGGAGGCUUUUGCCAUCUCACCCAGCAACCAAAGCCUGCCUGUACUGAUAAGCGAACAGUCGGAGGGAGUCUACAAUGUGGAGUUUAUACCCUCGCAGCCGGGCAACUACAAGCUGACGUUAAUGUACGGCGGAGAAACGAUUCCCAGCUCUCCGCUGAACUUUACAGCCUCCGCCAGCGGAGUGAGAAACGAUGCUCGGGCAGCUGGCCAUGGACUGGAAGUGUGUCAUCGCAACAAGGAGGCCUCCUUCGUUGUCUACUGUCCCAUCGCCCCAAAUGUUCAGAUCGAACGACUGGAUGAAUAUGGCGAGCGGAUAGAACCCAAGAUUAAGGCUCUGGGCAAUAAUGAGUGGCGCAUCUCUUACACCAUCCUAUCCGUGGGCAAAUACGAGAUCCGUGCGAGUUGUCCGAAUCGUGGUAGCUUGCCGGGAUCGCCCUGGCACAUCAGCUGCGUGGAGUCCAACAAGGUCACACCUGUGGGUGGCUGGGGUACUUUGGUCGAUCACGAUGGCCGACUCAUUCUUCCAGCUCGUAUCAUCUUCGAGGUGGAAAAUGCCGGACCUGGCAAGCUGGUGUGCAGCAUCGAUGGCAUAGAAAUACCGGUGGAUAAGCUGGCGGAUGGUAAGAUGUGCCUGAACAUUACCGGCGAAAAUCUGGCUGCCGGUGAGCAUGAUUUGGAUCUAACCUGGAGCGGCUUGACCAUCACCCAGUGCCCAAGAAGUGCUUUUGUGACCGGCCAACAAGCUGCGGAUAAGGUUCAACUAAUGGGUCGCGGAUUGGCUGCCGCUCAGGCAGGAGAGGCGGCGCAUUUCACAAUUGAUGCUUCAAAUGCCCCGGCAGGCAGGCCAGAUGUCAUUCUCACCAGUCAGGACAAUACAUCGCUGCCGGUGAGCCUGGCACAGCCUCGACCAAGUGAAAACAUUUGGCUGGCCUCGUACACACCGCAGAAAUCGACAACGGGCACAUUGAAUCUCUCCGUGAAGUGGAACGGCAGACUGGUCAAGGGAUGUCCGCUAACCGUAGCUGUGGGCUCCUCGAUGGAUGCCUCAAAGGUGAUUGCCUCCGGAGAGGGACUGCGUCAUGGGAUUGUGGGCAAGGAUAUCAAGUCAUGGAUAGACACAAGGAGAGCCGGACCUGGCGAACUUACUGCCCACUGUGCUGGCGUUCGAAAGGUUGCCUAUUGCGAGCUGUACGAUCACGGCGAUGCCACUUUCACGCUGAACAUCAAGCCCCAGGAGCCGGGAAGGCAUCUGUUGACAAUCAAAUACGGAGGACAAAAUGUCCCCGGAUCGCCAUUUGCACUUAAGGUGGCCGGUGCUCCCGACGCCAGCAAGGUUCGCGUUUAUGGACCUGGCAUAGAGCAUGGUGUGCUGGCCACCUUCCAGUCGCGAUUUAUCUGCGACACUCGAGGUGCUGGCGCUGGUCAGCUCACUGUGCGUGUCCGAGGACCCAAGGGUGCCUUCCGCGUGGAGAUGCAGCGGGAGAGCCAAAAGGAUCGCACCAUACUGUGCAAGUAUGAUCCAACCGAGCCCGGCGACUAUCGUGUGGAAGUCAAGUGGGCGGGCGAAUUCGUGCCAGGAUCACCGUUCCCCGUCAUGAUCUUCGACACUGAGGAGGAGUUACGAAGGUAUUUGCAGGGCAUAUGAGGCCAGCUCAACCACCAUGUCAUCGUCUUCCCCAGUGGCCUCAGCCCAUUGCCCAUUGCCCGUGAUCAAGUGCGCCGCAAGGCAUCGACCUGUACUCCACUGUAGCUGAUCCAAGUCCACCCCUUUGUAGUAUAUUUAAAUAAGCUAACAAUGAUACCUAAAGAGUUAUAUAUGUUAUACUAAUCGAAGCUAGCUAACUGGAAAACAGUACGAAUCGAAUAACGAAAUCAUAUCUAGGUUAAUCCCAAAAGGAUACAUUAAUAUAGAUUAAAUAAUAACAUGUUGAGCAGUGUAUAAACUUGCAAUGAAUUAAUUGGUUUAGUUAUUUCGCCUUGUAUGCAAUACAAACACUUAAAUACAUAGCAGCGUUAAACAUAA